AUGCCCCUGGACAUCGCCAAAGUCCUGAAGAAAGCUUGGGCGGAUUUCAUUGGCACGUUAGGGUUUGAGUCCGCGGCGGACGUCAUCUACUCUGCAUGCUUCGAUGCAGCCCCAACCUUGCAAGGACUCUUCAAGACUCCCAGGUCCUUCAUGUCUCUACGCCUCAUGCAGGGCAUCACGAACAUUAUCAACCUUUCCGAGAAUCCCCCGGCCAUGAAGGCGGCAGUGGAGACGCUCGGCUCACGCCAUUUUGACCGUGAUCCUCAAGCCGUGCGCGUGACGGUCUUGCAGGAGGCCAUGGUCAGCGCGGUGCAGGAGGUUUUUCCUCUCUCUCCGAAGGGGCGGCUGGCGCUGGUGGCAGUUCUGAACUACAUCGGGGGCGGGAAUUGCUACAUCACGCGUGAGUAUUACGGCCGCAUCAAGAUCAUCAGCAACAGCUGGAAGAUCGCGAACAACAAGGAAAUGUUCUCCUUCAAUUCUGCCGUGAUGGGUUUUGGCCGCCACAGCACCUGGAUGCAUCUAAUCUUGGAUCAGUUCGAUGACAUCGUGGUUCAUGCGGCGGACUCGUACCGACUGCAGGAGGAGUGCGAUAUCCUGUCACUGGUACUGGCACAGCAUGCAGGCACCAUGAACCUGACGGAGUUCAAGGCCAUUAUGCUCGCCUCUCUGCGUUCUUUGCUUCCCAAGGCUGGGCAGUUGAGGUUUGUGGGGUUUAGGCAGUUUUUGAAAGUUAGAGGGUUCAGUGCUUUUUUCUUUUUAGUUUAUUUAGGGUUUUAG